CUUCUGUUGAAAAGUUGCCAACAUGGCCUGCAAACUCCAGUUAAUGCUUUGAAGCUGGAGUUUACCAGUGAGGCCCUGGCCUGGCCCUGCGGUUUUUGGUCAGCCGCAGCCAGGCUUCUGAUUGGUCGGAUGUGAAGUAUAGGAAUUCAGCCUAAACUCCGCCCCUACGUCCUCCUCCUCUUCCUCCCAGUCGCUGAUGUACAACGGCAUUCCCUGAGCAUGCACACAUGUCUUACUCGCUUUCUCCUAUGAUAGAGGGGGCUGUAGAGCAGGGAGUUUCAGACAUUUGAAGACACAGAGCCUGGAGAGGGAGAACGAGACAAGAGACAAAGAGAGCACUCUCUGGAUCUCUGUUGGUGUGUGUGUGUGUGUGUGUGUGUGUGUGUGUGUGUGUGUGUGUGUGUGUGUGUGAAAGAGAGAUCGAGAGAAAAACAGCGAGAGAGAAGGAGAAUUUCUCUCUCUUUCUCUUAGUGAUUCUGAGAAGGGGGAGGAUCUGAACCAUGCUAAGAGUCAGUACCCCUGCAGGAGUCCACAAGACCAUACACUCUUAGACAUACACACACACACACUUAUGAGCUCACACUUCUCCAGUUCAUCUACAGCUUCUGUAGCCAGACUGAAUCACAGCAAGGGAUCAAGACCCUAAGAGAGGGGAGAAGAAUAAUUUGGAUUUACUAUUUGUUGCUCUCCGCUUUUUGGGGGGAUUGUAUUGAAGAUGAUUUCCCUUCUGCUCUCUCAGCGGCAGUGGGACCUUGUCUAAGAGUCUCCUACGGAGAGGACGGGGCGCCGACGCAGUAUGCCGGGUUCCUCGGACAAGAACGCCACCACCAUGGAGACCACCUCCACGGCUGCCACACCUUUCAGAGUCACCGUGAGUACUGGCUUUCUGAGUCGACGGCUGAAGGGCUCAAUAAAACGCACCAAGAGUCAACCAAAACUUGAUCGGAACUCCAGCUUCAGGCACAUCCUUCCUGGCUUCAGGAGCGUGGACAACGACAGAUCUCAUCUGAUGCCAAGACUGAAGGAGUCUCGUUCCCAUGAAUCACUGCUCAGCCCCAGUAGCGCCGUGGAAGCUCUGGAUUUAAGUAUGGAGGACGAGGUCACCAUCAAGCCUGUGCACAGCAGCAUCCUCGGCCAGGACUACUGCUUUGAGGUCACCACCUCUACAGGAAGCAAAUGUUUUUCUUGCCGUUCAGCGGCCGAGAGAGAUAAAUGGAUGGAGAAUCUGAGGAGAGCUGUACAGCCAAACAAGGACAACAGUCGGCGAGUGGAGAACAUGCUGAGGCUGUGGAUCAUCGAGGCAAAGGACCUGCCGGCCAAAAAGAAAUACUUCUGCGAGCUUUUCCUCGAUGACUCACUAUACGCUCGCACCACCUGCAAGCUCAAGACUGACAAUGUGUUCUGGGGGGAGCAUUUUGAGUUCAGCAACCUGCCCAUUGUCAGGAGUAUUACGGCACACCUCUACAAGGACACGGACAAGAAGAAGAAGAAAGACAAAAAUAAUUACAUUGGACUUGUCAGCAUCCCUGUCGCAGCUGUCACCGGGCGACAGUUUGUGGAGAAGUGGUACCCGGUGAGCACUCCCACCCCCCCUAAGGGUAAGACGCCGGGCCCUAUGAUCAGGAUCAAGGCUCGCUAUCAGAGUAUGAACAUCCUUCCGAUGGAGAUGUACAAGGAGUUUGCAGAGUACAUCACCAACAACUACAUGCUGCUGUGCUCGGUGCUGGAGCCAGUCAUCAGCGUCAAGAACAAGGAGGAGAUGGCGUGCGCGCUGGUCCAUAUCCUUCAGAGUACGGGCAAGGCAAAGGACUUCCUCACAGAUCUGAUGAUGUCUGAGGUGGACCGCUGUGGGGAGAAUGAGCACCUCAUCUUCAGGGAAAACACUCUAGCCACGAAGGCCAUUGAGGAGUACCUGAAGCUGGUUGGUCAGAAGUACCUGCAGGACGCCCUUGGUGAAUUUAUUAAGGCUCUGUAUGAGUCAGAUGAAAACUGUGAGGUGGAUCAAUCCAAGUGUUCUUCUGGUGACCUGCCAGAGCACCAGAGUAACCUGAAGAUGUGCUGUGAGCUGGCCUUCUGCAAAAUCAUCAACUCAUACUGUGUUUUUCCACGAGAACUGAAAGAGGUCUUUGCAUCAUGGCGCCAAGAGUGCAGCAGCCGUGGUCGACCGGACAUCAGCGAGCGUCUGAUCAGCGCCUCUCUGUUCCUGCGUUUCCUUUGUCCGGCCAUCAUGUCUCCCUCACUUUUCCACCUAAUGCAGGAGUAUCCUGACGACCGCACGGCGCGCACACUCACUCUCAUUGCCAAAGUAACGCAAAACCUGGCCAACUUCACCAAAUUUGGAAACAAGGAGGAGUACAUGUCUUUCAUGAACCAGUUCCUGGAGCACGAGUGGACCAAUAUGCAGCGUUUCCUGCUGGAAAUCUCAAACCCUGAGACAAUCUCAAACACAGCCGGCUUUGAGGGUUACAUCGAUCUUGGCAGGGAGCUUUCCACCCUGCACUCGCUUCUGUCUGAGGUGGUUUCACAGAUGGACCAGAGCAUGGCCUCAAAGCUGAGUCCUCUGCCCAGAAUCCUUUGGGAGGUGAGCACAGCUCUGUCUAACCCGUCCAGUGUCCAGAUGAUACCUGGGCUGCCCUCAGAGCCCGUGGCUUCCUCUCCUGUUGAGGCGAGCUGCAGCAUUUCCGCCGGGCUGCAGAAGAUGGUCAUAGACAAUGAGCUAUCGGGAUUAGUUGAUUUCACCCGGUUACCUUCACCCACUCCAGAAAAUAAGGACAUCUUCUUUGUGACAAGGAGCUCAGGUAUCCAGCCAUCCCCAGCUCGCAGUUCAAGCUAUUCAGAGACUAAUGAGCCUGAGCUGGGCAUGUCCAAUGGCAACAAGAGUUUAUCUAUGGUGGACCUCCAGGAACCCCGCAAUCUGGAUGCUGGAACUGCUCAAAGCCCUUCAGAUGUUCUGGGUGAAAGCCAAGCUUCGGGAGGAGGCUGGCCAGCCAGAGUCUCACUGGGCAACGUCCCAGGAGGUCCUACCAUUAGAAAGCCAGGUCAGGCCCCCACUACACCAAGCACAGAGAGCACUCCGGGCCGACCCACACAGCUACUUGCCCCACUGUCCUUCCAGAACCCAGUUUACCAGAUGGCGGCCUGCUUGCCAGUGUCUCCUCGAGGAAUGACUGAUUCGGGGUCAGAGUGCCACAGUUCUGUUAGUUCCCAUAGCAACAAUGAGGAUGGGCCAGCAGGAGGGAAGCAGGUCCUUAUGAACCACAGCGGAGGUGGAGGAGGUGGGGGAAGCAGCGGUGAUGAGUACACAAGGCGUUCUGGGGAGUUCAAUCGUCGACAACUGUCACUGACAGAGAACCAGCACCAGCCCACUGUCCCCAGACAGAACAGCGCCGGCCCACAGAGGAGGAUAGACCAACCUCCACCUCAGAGUGUUACCCGAGGCCGUACACCUCCAAAUCUGCUCAGCAGUGGCCCUUACCCUCGCCCCUCCUCUGGUAACAUAAUGACGUCGUCCCCCGACUGGCCUGCCAGUGGUGCUCGUUUGCGGCAGCAGUCAUCUUCUUCUAAAAGCGACAGUCCUGAGACUAAACAGAGAGCUCAGCACAAACAGGCCCCCUCCCCAGUGAACCCCAGUGCGCUGGACCGCACAGCAGCCUGGCUUUUGAAUAUGAAUGUGCAGUAUUUAGACCAUGAGGGGAUGGAGCCAGAGUCACUAAGAAACAGAGAGGAUCUGACUCAGGUGGAGAAGUACCAGCAGGAGAUAGCAGUGCUGCAGGAGAAACUGCGUGCCUCUGUGCAAAAGCUGGAGGAGUAUGAAGCCCGUCUAAGGGGUCAGGAUGAGCAGGCUCAGAAGGUCCUGCUGGAGUACCAGGCCAGGCUGGAGGAGUCGGAGGAGCGUCUACGCAGGCAACAGGACGACAAAGACCUUCAGAUGAAAAGCAUCAUCAGCCGAUUAAUGUCAGUGGAAGAGGAGCUGAAGAAGGACCACUCUGACAUGCAAGCAGUCGUGGACUCUAAACAAAAGAUCAUUGAUGCACAGGAGAAGCGCAUAGCGUCACUGGAUGCCGCCAACGCUCGUCUCAUGAGCGCGCUCAGCCAGCUGAAGGAGCGUUACAGCAUGCAGACCCGCAACGGCAUCUCCCCCACCAACCCCACCAAGCUGCAGAUCACAGAGAACGGAGAGUUUCGGAACAGCAGCAACUGUUAAGGCUGCUCCGAGUGUGUUUGAGGCUCCUGAGUGUGUACAGUGUAUUCAUCCUCUUGGGUUGAUUUGUGCCUGUUAGAUGGACUGUAAGACUGUGCGUUGGUGUGUUUGGAAAGCAGUCAGUGUACUUCCAGAAGAGAUAUCCACUUUUUCUCUGUUUGGAGACGACGUUAAUGCGAGGGCAUUUUUGCAAGGGGCUACCCAGAAGGGUUGCAGCUUGGAGCAGAUCACCUGAUGGCCUUCUUUGGGAAGGUGAUGGAAAGAGGAGGCGGGGCAGAGCUUGUAUAUAAAAACUCCAAGCUGUGGAUGAAUUUCUCAAGCCCCCAUCCACGCCUGGGACAAACCACUAUAAAAACCACAGACAUCGACCAUCCGCUCCUCCUUUCCCUCCUGACAGCAAAGUGGACCCAUUAAAACCACACAUUGAGGAUUUUCAGUUAAGUUUCUCUCCAGAGGUUUAAUUUCCAAUGCUUUAUCUCAAAGGAUAUGUUUUUAAAGAAUCAAAUAUGAGCUAUAAAUAGAUAUUUUAAAAUCCAAAACAAUCUUCUUUACUUCCCUUUUAACUUAGAGGUGUGUUCCUGAGCGUCCCGUUUACCCUUCCGCCUCCUUCCAACCCCCAAGCAGUGCACUUUGUGAAAAGCUAUUGGUACACGAAACGCCUUAAGUAGGGGAACACACCUUUUCUUUACGCCCCACAACACCAAACACCCCCACUCUCCACCCCGUUUCUGCAAAAAAGCAAAGGCACAACUUCUACUGUGGAUUUGUAAAAAAAAAAAAAAAUAUACAACAUAAAAUGCGAUUAAUGUAUAAUAAACACUAAAGUAAAUGAAUUCUAUGUGAUACUAUAUUAAUGAAAUUUUAUAUAGAUGUAUGCAUUUUUUUCUUCUAGAGUAUACACACAUAUACCUAUAUUUGAUAAAGUCAAAUAUGAAAGCAGCCCUUUAUUUAAGAGUUCUAAUGUAAUUUUUCUUCUCUAAUGGUGAGAGAUUAUACUGUGCAGCUUGCAUUGGAGCCCUAGAGAGGUGGACCAUCCUGAGCAGUGAUCGGCACCUCAUUCAUCCCUCAAAGAGCCUUUAUUGUUCUUUAUGUAAUUUAUGCACAAUAUUUAGGGAAAUGCCUAUACAGAUGUUAAAAAAUCCUGCAUCAUUAUUUAGUUUUUUAAAGGUUCUAGGCAUAGGCCAGAAUGAUAACACAGCUGGGUUAUUGUUCUAUUAACACACAAAAAAAAAAAACGUUUAAUCUGAUUAUCUUUAAACUACAAAUCUACAACUAUACCUGCUGCUGUAAAAAUAAUUUACCAUGCUUAUUGCUAUAGGUAUUUUCUGUUUAUGACACCCGUUGAUUUGGCUGCCUUGUCCUUGCUUGGGCAGAGCCUCCAGCAGACUUAUAGACAGACAUGCUGCUGAUGAUUUGCCAACUGUAAUAAUUAGAUUGAUAGGUGGAGCUAUGUUAGUUUUCAUAGAGGUCCAUUUUGUCACAACUAAAAAUAUCUCCAAACAGCUGAUUUUGACUCUUUUUUUUUUUUUUUUGGAGUUAAGGGAAUUUACAGUAGCCUCUUUUCAGCCUGCUAACCAGCAGUGUGCAUCAACAAGUUGGCAAAUGGGCAGCUCUGCACUGUUACCUAUUACUUCUAUGUAGCUGGAGAAAGCUCCAGUUUACUCUGGCUCUAUUCUCGUAUCUCACUGUUAGAACUAAAAACCUUUGGAAUGGGAUUUAGGGAAGCUUUUGCUCCCUUUUAAAAACCUUGGUAUUAGGCAAGGGCUAGAAUGCAAAUCUCUCAGUAUGAUAACUUUGAGAAAAAAAAAACUUAGGGAACCCUGCAUUACAUAUACAAAUUUUAAAUGGUAACUUUUCUACCCUGAUACCAAUAACCAGCCAAUGGCUAAUUGGUGUACCUUGAUACCCACAACUGCCCCGAUCACAGUUAAGUAGUUGGUUUUUCUGGUGCUCAUCACUGCUCUGUAAAUAACAGAUUAGUUGUUGUUGGAUGAUGGUCAGUUCUCUCUAGUUGCACAGGAGCCAUCAAGUGAUGUGUCUUGAUGCACUCACUCAUACUAUACAAUAAAGUAGCGAGCCAUUGUCUUUAGAUUCCAUUCAUUUAGUUUUCUAACCACUUUAUUUGUCGGCUGAAAUGAAGUACGUUGCAUCCGAACUGUGACUCCAUUGAUCCUUGGCACUAGCUUUCUCUCUUGUCUUUUUCUUACUCUACCUGACCUCAUCCCUUUUGCUUCUGAAUGUAUAGACAAAUCUAAAGUCUCCUGUCAUUACUCACUACCAUCUCAACAUCUGCUUUUUUUUGUAUAUUUUUUGUAAUAUUCUUUCUUACCUGUAAAAGCAUAAAUACAUGAGAUGUGAGGCCCUGCAUGCUUCAUCCCUGGUUGAGAGCCAGUCAUAGCAUCAACGCCCAUUUGUGUCCUUUGGUCUCCAGCUGAACAGUUGGUUGCUUGAAUAAAUAGCAUAUAUAUAUAUAUAUAUAUAUAUAUAUAUAUAUAUAUAUAUAUGUGUGUGUGUGUGUGUGUGGGAGGGGGGGUGACUACAUGGGAUUAUGUAAAUAAAAUACCCUCACUAUUUUUACCUGAUGUUAACAGAGCUUUUUGUAAAUGUUUUUUGUGCUCAGACUCUGCUGUAUCAUUAUUGCUAUUGUAAAUACAAAUAGCCCAGUCGGUCAUCUGUCCUCAUUUGGUAGAACUAUACAAAUCAAUUAACCUGUUAGUGUUCUCUCUGUUGAAAAGCUUUUGUGUUUGUAUUUACAGUGUGUUAUCUCUAGCCAAAAACAAAAAAGAACUGAUUA